CGUUCCUGUAUCUCAACCUGCUUGAUCUGCUUCGGGUUUUUUUGCCUCUGGAAAACUCACAAAAGAUGUUUUAAACCUACAGGUCCUUCUUCUUCUGACUCUAGAUGUAGUUUUUAUGUCCUUGGGAACAAAGCAAAUGCAGAUGUUGGACCAUGUCAGAAAUCUUGUCAAGAGUGUGGGCUGUUUCACACAGAGUGGAGAUUUGGCUUCUCCUGCUGGUAGCUUAUUUACUCCAAAGAAAUGUGAACUCAGGACAUUUGCCAACAAAAGCUGCGGAUCCAGAAGCAUUCAUGAAUAUUAGUGAAAUCAUCCAACACAAGGGUUAUCCCUGCGAGGAGUAUGAAGUUGCAACUGAAGAUGGGUACAUCCUUUCUGUGAACAGAAUCCCUCAAGGACUGACACAUUUAAAGAAGGAAGGGUCCAGGCCAGUGGUGUUACUGCAGCAUGGCCUUCUUGGAGACGCUAGCAACUGGAUUUCCAACCUGCCCAACAACAGCUUGGGUUUCAUUCUGGCUGAUGCUGGCUUUGAUGUAUGGAUGGGAAACAGCAGAGGAAAUACCUGGUCUCGCAAGCACAAGACUCUAUCCAUAGACCAAGAUGAGUUCUGGGCUUUCAGUUAUGAUGAAAUGGCUAGGUUUGACCUUCCCGCUGUGAUAAACUUUAUCUUACAGAAAACUGGCCAGAAAAAGAUCUAUUAUGUCGGCUAUUCACAGGGCACCACCAUGGGCUUUAUUGCAUUUUCCACAAUGCCAGAGCUAGCUCGAAAAAUCAAAAUGUAUUUUGCCUUAGCCCCUAUAGCCACUGUUAAAUAUUCAAAAAGUCCUGGUACCAAAUUUCUGCUGCUGCCAGAUAUGAUGAUCAAGGGAUUAUUUGGCAGACAAGAAUUUUUAUACCAGACUCGAUUUUUCAGACAGCUUUUUAUUUACCUUUGUGGACAAAUGAUUCUUGACCAAAUCUGCAGCAACAUCAUAUUACUUCUGGGGGGCUUUAACACGAACAAUAUGAACAUGAGCCGAGCAAAUGUGUAUGUCUCCCAUAUGCUUGCUGGGACAUCCGUGCAGAAUAUUCUCCACUGGGGUCAGGCAGUGAAUUCUGGGGAACUUCGUGCCUUUGACUGGGGAAGUGAGACCAAAAAUCUGGAGAAAUGCAAUCAACCAACUCCUAUAAGGUACAACGUUCGCGAUAUGGUGGUCCCCACAGCAAUGUGGACUGGAGGUCAAGACUGGCUUUCAAAUCCAGAUGAUGUGAAAACACUGCUUUCUGAAGUGACCAACCUCAUCUACCAUAAGAAUAUUCCUGAAUGGGCCCAUGUGGACUUUAUCGUGGGGCUGGAUGCCCCUCACCGUGUGUACAAUGAAAUCAUACAUCUGAUGAAGCAGGAGCCCAGCCUUUCCCAGGGAACCUGCAAGGUCAAAUUGUGACGCUCCAGCUGUUUGCAAGUCUUGGCACAAUUUCAUGCAGUGUGGACAGGGCCAUGGGAGGAGGAUUCUCAAAGGAAUAGCCAGACUUGGAAACGUACUGUAUCA